CGACCGGUUCACUAAGAAGACCCGGUUAAAUAGAACGAUUCGUUCGCGAACCGGACAUCACUGCUUAUGUGUUUAAUGUCUUCUUGGUUACUCGGCUUUUCCUGUGAUACUAGCUUUUUAAUCGGACAGUGAGUAAUGUAAGAUCAGGGGCUCGGAUUUGAGGAAAGAGAGUUACCUUUGAACUAUUCAUCUGUGAAAAUGCGAUAUGCACGUGAGGUGACAUUUACGAUGCUCGUGAGAGCGUAUGCCACAGCUUCAAAGACUGAGACCAUCGUUUCUAACGGGAAAGCAGGACUUAAAGCAGCAGAUAUCGCGAACAGACUCCGGAGUGAAAAGGAAAAACAAACAAAUGACAAAAAUGAGGUUCCGGUGUCACCUCUUCAAAACAGAGUAAACGAACUGAAACAGUUCUCUCAGCAACUACAAUCUGUUCAUCCCAGUGUGCUCGUAAAAGCUCUUUACAGGGGUAUCCUUUAUCAAGACCAAAACAUAAUCGCAAUAAAUAAACCAUACGGUGUGCCUCUGCAUAAUGUAGAUGGCAUCAGAAACAGCAUAGUAGAAUGUCUGCCUUUGCUAGCAAAGAUAACUGAUGGCAUGCAGACAGGAGCACAGUUGCACCUUUGCCAUAGCUUGGAAAAAGAAAACACUGGAGUUUUGAUCCUGGCUAAAACAGAGGAAGCCGCUGAACAUGUCCAAACACUCAUCAGAUCACACAAAGUGGAAAGGAAAUACUUGGCAGUCACUGUAGGUGUGCCCGUUCCAUCCGAGGGAGUGAUUGACAUUCCCAUUAUAGAGAAGGAGGUCACGGGACCUCAGCCGCAUUUUAAGAUGGGUCUGAGCCCAUUGUUCAAAGUGAGUGAGGAGGGAGAUGGAGUGACCAGGGUAAGAGCUCAUCGACAGGCACACAGUGCAGUCACACAGUAUCGGGUUCUGGACAGCACCAGUGGCUGCAGCUUGGUGGAACUGCAGCCUGUCACAGGUGUGAAAAACCAACUUCGCGUGCACAUGGCUCUUGCUUUGACCUGCCCCAUUCUUGGAGACCACAAAUAUGCUCACUGGAACAAACUAGCACCACAGAAGCUGCCAGAGGGCAUACUGCGACGGCUGGGCCUGGUGCAGAGUAAAACACGAUACCUCCCUCUUCACCUGCACUCCCGAAGGAUCGUCCUGCCAGGGGUCAAAGGUCACAGUGACAUCACAGUGUCCUGUCCCCUUCCUAAAUACUUCACCAACACCUUAAAGAGACUACAGAUCCCACUACCGGGAAAAGAAUGAGAUGGAUCACAGCUAGCAACUCCAUUUGAAAAAGUAUUACAUUUGUAUUGAGAGGAUGAAGUGGGGUGGAUUUGACUUUGACUGUAGAAAAGGUCAUGUACAAAGCGGACAUUACAUUGUGUAUUCUGAAUGUUUUUUGUCCAGACUUUGUAAUAAAAGACCAUUGAAAGCGUUUUAUGAAGAAAAAUGAUAUCUCUGCUUCACCUGUGAAUUACGUAAUGACUGUGCAACUUAGGGAUCCACAAUAUACAUGUACCAUAUAAUUUAUCAGCCAACAUUAGAUUUUUAAAAUAAUCAUUAUUGGUUGAUGUUGUACAUUUAAUUGUGCAUACACAUUUGCCCUAUUUUUACAUUUAUAUCACCAUCUUCUAAAACAAAUUUUGAAUAUCCUGUUUUCAUACUUUUUAUUAUAAUGUUGAGAUGCCUAAAUUCACAUAUAGCAUCUAAAGCAGUGGUAAUCGCAACAAUAAAAGGCUCAAUGACCUUUCCAGUUGUCUGUGAUUUUCUGCAUUAAGGUUAAGGAUAAGAAUUAAAAAAUUUGUUUAACAAUUUCUAACCGAUAAAAACAGGUCUAGAAAUAGUACUUUGAAAAAUCUGGCUACAGGGUUUUAGAUAGUGGGAAUCCAAAACUUUUUGAGGGGACAAAUUAAAAUAAAUAUAUUUUAGUGAUUUAAUGCAUGUUUUGUCUUUUUAAAUUAAUCACUUGGAGGUUUGCUGGUUGAGAACCUCCAUUUAUUUUUUUAAUUUAGGGAAAAAAAUUAGUAUAGCAUUUUAAUAACAUGAAAAUUCUCAUUGGCUAGAAUUUUAAUAACAGCAUAUCCCUUGUGCAAAUUCUUUACUAAAUAAUUGUGUGAAUUGUUGCAUUCAAUUCAAUAAUGCAUGUAAUAAUAGUUUUGUGAACUACUUAUGCAGAAAUUUAUUCUGUUUCUGUCAUGAGGCCCACUUGUGCUUGUGUGACAGAACUGACCAGGGACUGCAAAAAGGGUCAAAGACGACACAUACAGGUAAUUCACUGUACAAAAAGGCAUGUUUGAAAACACAGGCUUCAAUUCUCCAGCACCACUAUCACAUUAAUACAUAUCAGGUUACCAUAGAUGCAUGUAUAUGUAUAUAUAUAUAAAAAUA